AGUGAACGCGCCGACAGAAGUGUUCGAUCGCUCCACCACAUCUCGCAACGGCGCACUGUUUUUUUCUUGUCGCUGUUUUCUCCCUUUUCAAAUAUCCGCAACGCGCACGCUGUGAAUGAUGUUGUCAUCCAAUGAGCUGAAUGUGCUGCUGCGAGAUGAGCGGGCGUGGCGCAGAGCCGCACAGAAGCCGACUGGAGAGGACUGCAACGGCGCUGCAUCGACUUCCAGCAGAGAGGCGAAUUGGCUCAUUUUCCGUCGCGGCACGAGCGACAACGCUUUCUCGCUGAGGUUUUCGAACUCGCUUCGGGCGGAGUUGCUGACGGACGGCCUCAACACCACCUCCUCGCUUGCGCGCUCGACGCUCCCACGCAAAAGAUGGGACACGAGUGUGCGGUGCGCGACGGAUGGCGCCGUCGCCGACCCACUGCAGCAGUUGCUGGCGCGUAAUCUGCAUCGACGGCGAUCUCCGCCCAAACAGGUGCAGCCGCCGACCCGCUCGGUCUCCGCCCUUCGUGCACGCGAGCGGCGGCGAGCGAUGCAGCGCGUCAACGAAGAAUUCGUCGAGUUAGAGAGACAGGAUCGACGAGAGAUUGCGGCGGCGUGCAGGACACACUGGCGGGCCCUCACUGCGGCCUUCUUCCACGAAGCGAUGAACAUGCUUCUUCUAACCGAACUCAACGACCGCCGGAUCCUCUUCAGAGCAUGGCAGGAAGGGAAAGACAUGUUGUCUUCCGCGAUGCUCUUCGAGCAGGAGUGUCUGACAGGCAUGACCCGUCGCCAUUUCAAACAACACUGCCAUUUUAUUCACACCGAAGCACUUGUUCGCAGCCGCAUUUUGAACGACGAGAAGGAAUGCCGUGACUUGCUGGAGCGCUACGCCUACGUCGAGUUUCUGAGGACGCUGGAGGCGGAGAUUGCAGUUUGCAAGCGUCAAGAGCUGCGGCUGCUGCGCCGUAUCACGUAG